AAAGUCAAAUUUGAUUUGAGUUCAGACAAGGCAAGCCUAAGGUUGACGCAAUUCCGAAAUUGAAAUAGAAAAAAGAAAAAAAAAAUCACCGAAGGGCAAAGGCAAAACCUUUCAACCAAGUCCAAGAGAAAACGAGGAAAGAUUUAAGUCAUUAUUCGUAUAAACAUACUACAAAAUCAAGCUUUGUUCGUGUCUUAUUCGUGGUCAUUUUUGUUAUGCUGUGCUUAUAGAAUAAUCUGGGAUUUUGUACUUCAACAAAAGAAGCAGGUUCUCAUGGCUAAUAGUGCGGCAGCCUGUGCCGAAAGGGCAACUCAUGAUAUGCUGAUUGGUCCAGAUUGGGCUGUAAACAUUGAGCUAUGUGAUAUUAUAAACACGGAUCCACGGCAGGCUAAGGAUGCUUUGAAAGUCCUCAAGAAGCAACUGGGCAAUAAAAACCCAAAAGUACAGCUACUAGCUCUUAAUGUAUUGGAUUCUCUCAGUAAAAAUUGCGGGGAGCAUGUUUUUCAGCAGAUUGUUGAGUGUGAUAUCUUGAACGAAAUGGUUAAAAUCGUAACGAAGAAGCCUGACUUGAAUGUCAGGGAAAAGGUACUUACUUUCAUAGACACAUGGCAAGUAGCCUUUGGAGGACCCGGGGGAAGGUAUCCACAGUAUUUUGCAGCAUAUAAAGAACUACGGGUUGCUGGAGUUGCAUUUCCUCCUCGUGAAAAGAAUAGUGUACCGUUAUUUACUCCACCUCAGAACAAUCCAGUAACCCACCAACCAGUUUCAGCACGUCAAGAUGCUGCUAUUGAGGUCUCUCGACAGUCUGAUGAUGCUUCUGGCUUGAGCUUGGCAGAGAUUCAAAAUGCUAGUGGACUAGCAGAUAUCUUAAUGGAAGUGCUUAGUGCAUUGGAGCCCAAGACUCCUGAGUCUUUGAAGCAAGAAGUGAUUGUUGACCUCGUUGAGCAAUGCCGUUCUUACAAAAAACGUGUUGUUCUUCUCGUGAAUCAUACAACAAAUGAGCAACUUUUAUGUCAGGGAUUAGCACUAAAUGAUCGAUUGCAGCAUGUUCUUUGCCAGCAUGAUGACAUUCUGAAAGGAAACACCGGUAGUGCUACCACAGCAGUAGCAGAAACUCGUGUUGUGCCGAUUGUUAAUGUUAACCAUGACGAUGAUGAUUCGGAAGAUGACUUUGCUCAGCUGGCUCACAGAUCGUCAAGGGAUAAUGCUCAAAGACAGGUUCAAAGAGCACAAAAAAGUGAACCUGCUCGAGCUGUUCCUCUUCUUCCUCCUCCACCCUCAUCAAAAAGGCCAGUUACGUCAAAUUCCAGCUUCAUUGAUUAUCUUAGCGGUGAUACUUACAAGUCCGAGGAUUUCUCUGAAAUUAAAGAACCCACACUUCAUUCUGAUCCUACUGAUGCAUACAUGAACUCCCUAGAGUUAGCUUCAACUUUAGCUCCAUCAUCUCCUUCCUGUUCGGCUGACACUGGAUCUGCACCUGUGUUCAGUGAACAACCUAAACUGGCUUCCUUAGUCAAACCUGCUGAUGCUGAGCAGCUGCCUCUGGUUCAGUUGGACAAUCCUGCUGGAAACUACCCACCGUCUUCUAUGUUCAAUCAAAGACAUCAAUUCUUUGAGCAACAACAUGGUUAUACCGGUAGUUCUUUUCAUUCCAUUAAUGGUUUUGAUUCCUCUUAUGACAGUCUUGUUGGACAAACUCAAAAUCUCUCCAUUAAUUCUAAGAUCCCAACCCAACAAGUAAACCCAGAAGAUGCUUUCUUCAGAGACCUUCUUGAUUUUGCCAAAGCCAUGCCAUCUUCACCAUCUAAAUCCAAUAAUAAGCCAUGUUGAUCUUCUCCGAUAGAACUAGCAAUUUGUAUUUUCUUGUUGUGUUAAUGUAUUUUACCGUUUCCUAAUUGUGUAAAGUAUUUUAUAUUUAUAUGAAUUUUGAUAUAAUAACACAUUUUUUAUAUUUUGGAACA